AUGGCCAAAUCCCCAGAAUCUCAAGGGCUCCUCGACCCCAAGUUCCAGAGCACGACGGAUAGGGUCGUCACACCGAAGCGGUGCAAUGCCCGCCGCUUCAUCCGCGCCAUCCUCUGGGUCGCCGUGCCCGUCCUUAUCUUCUUCUCCUUCUUUGGCGGCAAGACUGUCCUUCCCAAAUUUGGCCGUCCCUGCCACGGCACCUCCUCCGACCUCCAAUCCCCGAGCCUUCAAUCUCCUGAUGCAAUCUGCGGCACCUCCUUCCAGACCAUCCUAGACGACAGCUACCCCGUAUCGUUCUCGCCUUCCGACGACCUCUUUAUCAACCAGUCCCAAGGCAAACGCCGCCGCGGCCACUGGCGCCGAGACCCCCACGUCUCCGGCUCUGUGCAAGUCAUCCGCUCCUCCGGCCCGGAAGGCAAGCUCGACGUCAAGAUCGAAGUAAACGACGAAGACAUCCCCGUGCACACGUCAUGGGACGCCGAGACGCAAUAUCUGCGCAUUCGCGUUGAGGCCGUUGAUUUCUUCGAUGAGCCUCCUCCGCGGCCGUGCGUUGAUAUCCAUGCUGUUCUGCACGUUCCCUCCGAUGCCGAGCUGCGGAACUUGAAGAUUGAGGUUACGGCGCUGGAUGUUGCGCUGGAGGAGAACCUCGGCUUGACGGCGGAGGAAGCUAUCCUGACCACCGUGGUCGGCUCCCUCGACGUAGCCCCGAACGCCAUCAAGUCCGGAGGCAGGAUAGCGCUCACUACCGUCUCGGGCAACAUCCGCGGCUCCCUGCCCCUCCUCCAAACCCUUGAAUCCUUCUCAGCAUCCGGCAAGAACGAGAUCGACGUCUACCGCACCGAAAAACGAGGCGACGACAUCCCCAAAGCAACUCUGACCGUCUCAACCGUGUCGGGCAACCUCAAAGUGCGCGACCCCCUCGACGACGCCGCCCACCUCCCGAAGGCUGACUACGUCCGCAGAGUCUCCACCGUGUCGGGCAACAUCGACGCCGCUCUGCUGUUUGGCUCCUACGCUGAUAUUUCGGCCGUCGGCGGUGGAAGGGUCGACACUACUCUUUUGCCUAUCCUAUUCGAUUCUCUCUCCGGUAAUGACGAAGGCGAGCGUGGAGAUGAGGACUUCGUUCACAGUUGGCUCAAGAGCGACGUCACCUCCGGAAACGUCGGGAUCGAGGUCCUUGAGCCGGUGUGGCUGGGUGAAUCGGAUAAGAAGUGGGCUCUUCGCUCGGGUCACGGUGGUGUGAGCGGGAACGUUGAGAUUCGUCUUCCUGAUGCUUGGGAGGGUACUUUUGCUGUGGGUACUCUUACUGGCAGGAUUUCUGUCAGUGGGAAGGAUGUCCAGCUUGGGACGAGACAGGAGGGAGGUGAGAAGGUGGACAUGUCUGCCUUUAGGUCGAUUAGGGGGUAUAAGGGGGAUGGAGAGUCUCGGCUGAGCGCUGAGACUACCACUGGCAACAUCAAGGUUGUCAUCGGACAGGAGUGA